AUGUUCCGCAGGAACAUCCCCAGCGGACCUCCUCCAAGCACUCCUCCACCGCAUCCCCCAGCGGAGGUCAUAACACCAGUGAGAGAAGGAGCAACAACAGGUAGGUCCGCAGCACCGAGUCCCAGGACACCGGAGGCACCUAGAGGCGGGACCAGUCUCAGCAACCCAGACACACCCCGACCACCUCUGACCUUCUCACGCCCCUCCACCUUCACCUCCUUGGCCAAUCCAGACCGCAAUGACACCGAAGACUCAGAUUCCGACUCCAUGGACUGGGCCGACGCCCCCUCCGACCUCUCCCCCGCCACUCCCCCCGCCCGUACCCUCGACAGCUACACCCCCUCCGGCGCCCUUACUCCCCAAACACGUGCCCAAACUCGCGACGACCUCAUACACCGCCUCACCAGUCUCAUCAGCUACCCCACGCCCCCGACAUACGCCCUCAUGCAACACCGCAUGUCCCAAAUCCGCACCCUCUCCACCACACUCACGCUCUUCUCCGCCGCCAACCCUCCCGACCCAACCACUGCCGACAACACGCUCAACACACCUCUGGACACCCUCAUCCUAUCUGAAUACCAGUCCUUCCUCGCCCGCGAGGCUGCCAUCCGUCUCCAAAUCGCCGAACCUGCCCCCGAUCCCGCCACUGUCCUUAACAACGACGCGGCCGUGCGCCGCGCGGUGGCAGAGUUCACAAUCCGCCUACGCAGUAUGAUGGGCUCCACGGGUGACACGCGGUCACUCUACACCGCCGCUAGAAUCGCGGCGGGGGAAGCCGUCAGAUCUAUGUUGCCCGGCGGGGCGGCGUGGGCCCAGGACGAGGCUGGGUUUGCGACGGGGGAGAGUCCCCGGCGGGUAUCCGGUGCAGCGCAGGAGAGGCCUGUGAGGAGACAGUUCAUGGUUGAUGGCAAUGGAGAGGCGUUGCAAGGGAGCCGCAAUAUGGUGGGUAAUGGAUUUGUGAGGAGAGAGGCGCUCGACGUAACAGACAGCAUCGGAACGGAUGUGGUGGACAGUUUUGAUAGUGUUACUUAUGCGUUCGGGAACCCGCCCACCGCGGCGAGCUAUCGCCUGCGGUUCCCCACGCUGACAGAAGAUGAGAUCGAGGAGGAACUGGCCCGCUACGAGAGGCAGCGCAUGCGCAGGUCUAGAGUGGAGAAUCAUUACGUGGAGACCCCUAGGAGUGCGGGUGUGUCGAGCAGGGUGUGGCCUGAUGCGAGGACGAUGACCGCAGAGGAGAUUGCGGAGUAUAAUCGCGUUGCCAGGAGGGAGGAUCGUGAGGAGGAUGAGAGGAUAGAGAGGGAGAGGGAGGAGCAGAGGGCGAGGAAUGCGGUGGAGGAGGAGAGGAAUGCGAACGAGAAUGUGAGGAGGAGGCUGAGGGUGGCGUUGGAGGAGGGGAUGAGGUGGAUUGAUAGAUAG